AUGACGUCAUACCAGCAGCCAAAGACGAGCGCUGAAGCCGAGCAGCUGAUCGCCCAGCACGCUGAACGACGGGCUGAAAUUGACGGUCGUCAGGACGAACUGCACAUUCUUCAUGAUGAAGGUCAACGUCUCAUUGCCGAACAACCAGAGCACAAACCAGAAGAUGAACUACACAUUCUUCAUGAUGAAGGCCAACGUCUCAUUGCCGAACAACCAGAGCACAAACCAGAAGUGCAGCGCGCCCAUAAACGCGUUCAGAAUUCGGAACAUCAAUUAAGACAGACGUGGGAAGCUGAGAAGGCCUCCCUUCAACGAACGCUGGAAUGGCUACAAUGGUGUGAUCAGGCGUCAAUGUGUGAACGAUGGCUUGCAGACAAGGAAAAUAUUCUUAAACAAGGAGACAUUGGUGAUGCUCCUGAUGCCGUUCAGGUGAGUUUUUGCAAAAAAUUACAUCUUGUUGGGGCGUUGAUGCAGUUCACGGAUGUGGUUCGAACGGUGAAGAAAGCAGAGCGAGAGAGGAAUCUUGACAACGUUGAAAGCGAUGCUGGCAAGCUAAUCUCAGUGAUAACGGAGGUGCGAAGAAGUCAUGCAGCGCCAUGCGCAAAUGCUUUGAGUCGGGCAUCGAAACGUCGUGGACUCCUCUGCGAUAGCAAGAAGUACCAUGAGUUCAUAAGAACCUGUGGCGAGUUGAUUACAUGGAUCAAUGCCAAGUUGCAGGUUCGCGCUCAGCUUGGAGAGCUCCGCAGUGGGUGGGAUGAACUGCGCACGAAGUCUGCAUUGAAAACCCAACGGCUUCGUGAAGCGUAUGAAGCCCAUACUCUUCAGCGUAAGGUCGAAGAUAUGGAGAGAUGGCUUGAUAGGAUUGAAAGCGAGCUGGGCUCUGAUGACCAUGGCCGCGAUUUGGUUUCUGUUGAACACUUGAUGAAGAAAUUGGACGCUUUGGAUGCCGAAAUACGAGGCCGAGCCGAGGCUGUGCACGACCUAAUGCAGAAAGCUCGUGAGAUCAAAACUCUUGGGUCGCCAACGUCGGACGCGAUCCUUGGUGCCGCUGAGCAAGUAGACGCGAGGUUCUCUUCGCUGAACGAGCCAGUACUGAUAAGACGAGAGAACCUACGCGAUGCGCACGCUUUAUAUGAGUGGACGGCUUGUGCUGAAGAAGAACUCGAAUGGCUCGCGGACAGGUUGCCGCUGGCACGAAGCCAAGAGUGUGGUGACAGUCUUCAUGCGGCGCACAGCUUGCAGAAGAAACAUAUGGCUCUGGAAAAGGAACUAGAUUCACGUCAAGCCGGUAUUCAUGAAAUUGAAUCGAAAGGAUUGGCAAUGGUACGAGCAAAACAUUUUGCUGCUCCUCAGAUAGAGAAGAUGAUCGACAAUCUCGCAACAGCGUUGCUGUCAGUUAAGGAUGCUGCCUCAGUGCGACGAGCUCGACUGCAGCACGCUGUGGACAGCCACGAGUACUACACGGAAGCAGCUGAGGCGGAACAAUGGAUCAGGGAUCAAAUGAUUGUCGCCAUCAAUCAGGAGACUGGUCGCGACCAAGCCGCUGCAGAAGGAUAUCUGAGACGGCUAACUCUGCUUGACAAGGAGGUGAACCACCAGAUAUUUCUCUCAGAUGUAACUACGUAG